UCUCUAGAAACGAUUUUGGAGAAAAUUAAUUAAUGCGCCAUUUCUAGAAGUAAUUGAUUCAAAUGCGUUGAAUCGUACGCCUUUCAAGUCAGCCAUGGCGCUUCCAUUUCUUUAACUAACUUCUCAACAGAAACACAUUUGGUAAUCAAUCAUACAUUUCGACCACCAUACUUCAAUGGAGACGGAGAAUAACAGAGCACAAAGUGUGAAAGAAGAGAGAGAGAUGGAAAACAAGCUUGGCAGUCGGAACACCAUGAAAAAGGAAGAGAAGAAGAAGUUGAGCUUUAUUCCGAGAUUUCCGUGUAUGAGAGUAGACGACAGCGUUCCGGCGGUGGAGACGCCAGCCGCCGACGGUGGUUUCGACAUGGAGGCUGCUUGCAAGGGGAGGGACCACUCACCGACGCACCUCGUUGUUACGAUCAAUGGGAUUAUUGGAAGUGCUCAAAAUUGGAGGUAUGCAGCAAAGCAGUUCAUGAAGGCGUAUCCAGAUGACGUUAUAGUACAUUGCAGUCAGUCUAAUACUUCAAUGUUGACGUUUGAUGGUGUUGAUGUUAUGGGGAAGAGAUUAGCUGAUGAGGUGAUUUCUGUUGUCGGGCGUCAUCCAAAGCUUCAAAAGAUUUCUUUUCUAGGUCACUCACUUGGUGGCGUGAUAGCAAGAUACGCCAUUGCUGUGCUUUACCAACAAAAUGUAACACCAAAACAUGGUGAACAAAAUGGUGAACAUGUUGGGGAUGAGUCACAUAGAUCAUCUCUGGAGGAGAAACAAAGGGGAUAUAUUGCUGGGCUUGAACCUGUGAACUUCAUUACCUUUGCAACGCCGCAUCUUGGUUCGAGGGGGCAUAAACAGGUUCCAGCUUUCUGUGGGCUCUACACCAUGGAGAAAUUAGCAUCCCGUGCUUCAUUUCUACUAGGUAGAACAGGGAAGCAUUUAUUCUUGAAUGAUUCUGAUGAUGGAAAAGCUCCCAUUCUUCUGAGAAUGAGCAGCGACUCUGAAGAUCUUAAAUUUAUAUCUGCAUUGCAGUCAUUCAAGAGGCGUGCUGCCUAUGCAAAUGUACGCUUUGACAAUCUUGUGGGGUGGAGUUCAUCAUCAUUGCGUCGUCGGAGUGAGCUCCCAAAGCGUCGGAGUCUCGUGAGAAAUGCUAAAUACCCCCAUAUUGUCAACGAGGAAAAAUCAAAUGCCGUCAGCCCUCAAGGAGAAGUUUCCUUAGAAGUCAAAGUUGCUAGAGGCAGAACCAGGGAUAUGGAAGAGACGAUGAUCAGAGGGCUAACUAGUCUGAACUGGGAGCGAGUCGAUGUCAACUUCAACGGAGGUGUGCAAAGACUUCUUGCCCAUAACACAAUUCAGGUUAAAACUCAAUGCAUCAAUUCUGACGGUGCGGAUGUAAUACAACAUAUGAUCGAUAACUUUCAACUGUAAGAGAGUGUAUCAAGUUAUCUAGAGUGUAUAUAAUGAAAGCAGUUGUGUGCAAGUUGCUAAUGUUGCCCUGAUGCAAACAUCUAAAGAGAUAGGGAAAGAGUAGUUGUUUCUCAACAGAAGAUGCAUAGCCAUAGCAUGGAGUCCAUUUGUAGAAUAGUUAUAGUGGAUUUUGGAUCUCACUUUGUAUUAUUUUCUGCAGCAGAACUACUGAUCUGAUGCUGUAAAAUUUUGAGGUGUAAAUACUUUAAUUUCAAUUCGUACAGAUAUUCAACUUAAUUUUAAAAAUUUAUUCAUGUUA